UGGGAAAUUAAAUUUCGUCUGAAUCUGAUAAGGAUUGAGCGUACAAAAUUUAUGCUGUAGCUGGCAGACGUUGGACUAUGAGUAUGGCUGAUUAUUGCUACUUGAAAGAUAAACUAUCUUGUGUACUGUGGUCAAACAACAAGAAUUUCGUCUAAUGUCGGCUUUUGGAACCAUUUUGUGAACUACCCGCAUUGCUCGAAAUCGUAUACGUUUUCUGGUGUCAAACUUGAUUGCCAAUGAAUUACUCACUGCCAGUGGUGUGUUAGCUACGAAAGGAAUGUUUUAAGCAUUACACAUCUUUUUCACGGGUUCAGUGUCGUGCCAACCUUGUGGAACUAGUUUGAACAACCCCUGUUUAUCACCAAGUAAUUUCCUGGGAUCAAGAAAAACAAUUCAACUCGGCAACACACACAUGACCAUGAGCGAAAGGUUAUGGCUUCAGCAAGCAGCACUGACGACAAAACUGCAACCCAAUCUGCUGACAACACUACGUCAUCCAUGAUUCCCGACCACAACAGUGAAUCGCACACAACUCAACCGGGAAAUACUAACAACAGCAGCAACACUUUCACCGAAAACGGCGCCAACUCUAGCGGUGUACUGUCGUCCCUUUGGACUAAAAUGUCGGAGUUUGUGGAGAUGAGAACGUUGGAGUCGAGAACCAGUAUCUCGUCAGACUCCGGGAGGUUUUCUGACUCGGAGUUUUUCGAAUCUGGCGAGUCAAUAAAUUCGUCUGAAGACGACGAGCACAUGUUGAAGAAUCAGCAGCAACGGAAUGGUGGACAUCGAAACAGCCUUUUGCUCUCUGGUUGGAAUUAUCUAUUCGGGGGAAGCGGUGGUGGUAGUGGGCAGUCUGACGCCAAACAAUCCAGUGGAACAAAGUCCAAACCUCCUUCGAGAAAGAACUCCUCAGUAGUUGAACCACAUCGUCCCAGAAGUUCAUCUUAUUCCUCUUCACCUCAAGUAAAACCCAAAGAAAACCACAUCCCCACCGCCGUGCCCUCGGCUGCAGAGACAGAAUUUGCAGCCAAUGGGUCAAGUACCUGGUUGGAAUGGAACCCUUUGGAUGAGGACGAUUCGGAUACGAGUUCGGACUCUUCGUCGUUGAUAGCUGGAGAGGAUGGGGAGGAACUUAUCCAAGGAAAUGGAGAGGGACAUAACUUUGUUCCAGUGUUUUCAAACUUCACAUGGUGCGACCAGUGUGGAGGGGUUAUUUGGGGCUUUCGACAGUGUAUUCGAUGCUCAUAUUGCAAGUACACAUGUCACUACAAGUGCCGGAACGAAGUGAGACUAGACUGUAAGGAGUCACCAGGAUUCAAAGAAGCCCAGUCAGACAUCUCACCAAAACAUACCAUUGUAGCAGUAGAGGACGGAAUUGACGGCACGAUUUCGCUCUCUGGAUUGUCAAGGCAAGAGCUGAUGUGGAGAAUUGAAGAGUUUAACACCAAGGUUGAUCUUUACCCAAUCAAACUGGAAAGUGACAGUUUAAUAUUCGUCAGCAGCAUCAGAGUUCACAUGAACCUCUCUCGACCAAUCAGCAUUCCUAGCGGUACACCUCUUCCCAAAGUAUGUAGCACGUUACGGCCGUAUGACCACAGCGUCGAUCACAGUCGACGGAGAACAUCGUUCUUUCUACCCAAGGAUACAUACGAGGAUAUUCAGAUAGCCAGUGAAUCCACAGCUAUUCAGGUGAUCCAAGGCGUACUCAGUCACAUUCAAGUGAUUGAUAACUGCCGGAAGUUUGCUCUCUUUGAACGCACCGAUGAGGGUGGUGAAGGUGGCGAAGUGUUAAUGAGAAAGCUAGCCGAUGAAGACAGACCACUGCUCCUAAGACUACUAUGGGGAGGUGAUAAUCAAACCAAGAGAUACGAGCUACGGGAGAAUGAGACCGGACAGAUUGAGUGGGAAGCGUUCACCGUGCCUGAACUACAGAACUUUCUCCGCAUCUUGGAUAAGGAAGAGCAAGACCAUAUGGAGCAAGUACGAGAAAAAUAUGUCAUCUAUGAGAAACGUCUUAAAGAUGCGGUGGCUUACAUUGAUUAGGUUAAUUAGCACUGUACAGAGUGUAGGUACAGUAACUACUAUUGACCCCUUGCACGCGCGUCACACAUGGCGACUGAUGCCACGCUCACCAUGUUGGUGGUCAGUAGGUUUACAAGUAAACGCCGCAUGGCUUAAAUGCGCAUUUCUCUGAAUAACACACAGACAUUGACCACCAAAAUGGCGCAUCCAAGAUUACUCUGAUGAUGACGUCAGGGGAUUUGGGUCAAUAAUUAAGAGUAAGACUAAAUCCGAGUUCCCAUUGGGUACUUUUCUUGCGCUGCCACGCUGAUGGCUGCUGCUUCUAUUGUGCAUUCCCACCUGGACUUAUAUUUCGUUACGUGUUUUUGCUUAGCAGAAAACUGUAAGCAAUAAUUGCUGUCUAAGCAUCUCUAUGAAGCUGUGCCCAGGUUUAGAGAGGUUCCUGUUGUGCAACAGAAUCAUAAGAAGCUGAAAUUUAACUGUUACUUAUAAUCCAUGUUGCCAUUUGACUUUUUUUGAUUAAAAUACUGCGACUUUUCUGUAAAAUGAAAAAAUUAAAUCCAAUGGAGACACAAGGUGAACUGCCCUCCCUGUCAACUGACCGCCAGCGUUAUGUCAAACCGACAUGCAGAAAGAGGAAGACCUCUGCACAGCCAUGGUAACUUAAUAGGCCCGCUAAAACGUCCAAUGGGAACAGCUCAGAGCUGCUCUGCCCAGUAAAUCGAUUGAGACCACGCUGUAAAACGCAGCCUUUUUCCCCUACGUAAACCAAUCCAAAUUAAGAACGGAAAGAGAAAUUAGUCUGCCUCCUUUGUAGUGCAUUAAGGGAUAGCAAUCAAGGUUGUUAAGGCAUUCAGGAACAUGACACAAAUGGUGAUUGCAGGAUUAGCUCUAUAGACCUAUCAAUUGCUAUCAAAUUGACGACUGGCCUUGAAGGCACUCAAAGCUUGACUAAUUGAAGCAGAAACAGCAAAGAGUAUUGUGAAGAUUUGUAGUGGUAAAAUGACACAUUGAUUAAAAUGGAGAAUGGUAAUGGUGAUUGCAUAAAGAACAUGACCUGUUUUUUUUUCGUUGGAUUAUUAUUUUAUUUUUUUUAUUCAGGCUUUUAUUAUGUCUCCCUGGAAAAUGCUGGAAUUUGCUGCGGAUAGAAAAUUAAAUCAUGUUGGUUGAUCUACUUCUGCAGCCGAUUUCACACAAGCUAGGAUUUAUCCUAUUUGAGUUAUGGCGAGUCCUAAAUUAAAUGGGUUCAAUGCGUCCUACAUGAGCUCGAAUUUACACAGAGCUAAGAUUGCUCAAUAGAUGUGUACAAGUUUAAAGGAACACGUUGCCUUGGAUCGGUCGAGUUGGUCUUUGAAAAGCGUUUUGUAACCGU